GCAUAAGUAACCAUGGUUGGGUUUUUAAAAAGAGCUUUCAUACAAACUUCAAUUACCCCAGCAAGUCUUGUCUCCUUCUCUCUCUCUCUCCCUCUCUAACUGUAUCUUCUUCUUCUUCUUCAACCUUCAGACUUUUCUAGUUGCAACUCUCAUUCAAUUGUUCAAUUUCUCUGUAAAAAUCAAAGCUUUUUGGAAUCUUUCUUCGGCGAGAUAUUUCUUCACCGGCGCAAGCUUCUCUUGAGCGUGAUUCAUCACUGGGUUUGCAUUUUUUCCUGGUGGGUAUUCUUCAAAUUGUUCAAAGCUCCGACCUUUUCUUCCUUAGAAUCUGAUUACUGGAAUCUUGAAGCUGGAGAGACUCGAGUUUAUAUGGUUUCAAGCAUCGUUGAGUCAAUCAUUGAGUUGUGUAGAAGAAAGGUUUGGUUUUCUUCUCCGUUUAAGUGGUUUUGGGUUUGGUAGGAUUUGGUGUAAUCUGGGAGAUAAAGAAAGAUGAAUAUGAGUGAUUUAGGUUGGGAUGAUGAAGAUAAAUCGGUGGUUAGUGCUGUUUUAGGGCAUUUAGCUUCUGAUUUUCUUCGAGCAAACUCUAAUUCGAAUCAGAAUCUCUUUCUUGUUAUGGGAACUGAUGAUACUCUGAAUAAGAAGCUCUCUAGUCUCGUUGAUUGGCCAAACUCGGAGAAUUUCAGCUGGAACUACGCUAUUUUCUGGCAACAAACCAUGUCUAGAUCCGGACAACAAGUCUUAGGUUGGGGAGAUGGGUGUUGUCGAGAGCCUAAUGAGGAAGAGGAAUCAAAAGUUGUUAGGUCUUAUAAUUUUAACAACAUGGGGGCAGAGGAAGAGACAUGGCAAGAUAUGAGGAAGAGAGUGUUGCAGAAGCUUCAUAGGUUGUUUGGUGGAUCUGAUGAAGACAAUUAUGCUUUGAGCUUAGAGAAAGUUACUGCUACUGAGAUUUUCUUCUUAGCUUCCAUGUAUUUCUUCUUCAAUCACGGUGAAGGCGGUCCUGGGAGGUGUUAUUCUUCAGGGAAACAUGUGUGGCUCUCUGAUGCAGUUAACUCUGAGUCUGACUAUUGUUUCAGGUCUUUUAUGGCGAAAUCUGCGGGAAUCAGAACGAUCGUUAUGGUUCCUACUGAUGCUGGUGUUCUUGAGCUUGGUUCUGUUUGGUCUUUGCCUGAAAACAUUGGCUUGGUUAAGUCUGUUCAAGCUUUGUUCAUGAGGAGAGUUACGCAACCAGUAAUGGUGACUUCAAACACUAACAUGACUGGAGGGAUUCACAAGCUUUUCGGGCAGGAUUUGAGUGGAGCUCACGCGUAUCCUAAGAAGCUCGAAGUGAGAAGAAACUUGGAUGAGAGAUUCACUCCUCAAAGUUGGGAAGGCUAUAAUAACAAUAAAGGUCCAACAUUUGGUUACACACCUCAGAGGGAUGAUGUGAAAGUGCUAGAGAAUGUGAAUAUGGUUGUAGAUAAUAACAAUUACAAGACGCAGAUUGAGUUUGCGGGAUCAUCAGUUGCUGCUUCUUCGAAUCCAUCUACAAACACUCAGCAAGAAAAAUCAGAAUCUUGUACAGAGAAAAGACCAGUGAGCUUGUUAGCAGGAGCAGGAAUAGUUUCUGUUGUUGAUGAGAAGAGACCGAGAAAGAGAGGGAGAAAGCCUGCAAACGGAAGAGAAGAGCCAUUGAACCAUGUGGAAGCUGAGAGGCAGAGACGCGAGAAGCUUAACCAAAGAUUCUACGCUUUACGAUCAGUUGUUCCAAACAUUUCUAAAAUGGACAAGGCUUCUCUACUUGGAGACGCAAUUUCUUACAUCAAAGAGCUUCAAGAGAAAGUCAAGAUAAUGGAAGAUGAAAGAGUAGGAACAGAUAAGAGCUUAUCAGAAUCAAACACAAUAACAGUAGAAGAAAGUCCAGAAGUUGACAUUCAAGCUAUGAAUGAAGAGGUUGUUGUAAGAGUAAUCUCGCCUUUGGAUUCACAUCCAGCUUCAAGAAUCAUACAAGCAAUGAGAAACUCAAAUGUUAGUCUAAUGGAGGCUAAGUUAUCAUUAGCUGAAGACACAAUGUUUCACACUUUUGUGAUAAAGUCUAACAACGGGUCGGAUCCAUUGACGAAAGAGAAGCUUAUAGCAGCGUUUUACCCCGAGACCAGCUCGACGCAACCGCCAUUGCCUUCUUCUAGUUCACAGGUCUCUGGUGAUAUAUAAGUUUCACAUGAUGGUGAAGCUUUUGUCUAUUCUUGUUUCAGUAUAGAUAACUUUCAGGUUCAACUAGAAAUAGAUAAAAUCCUUUUUUCUUUUCUCUUUCUUAUAGUGAAAGGAAUCCGGUUUAAGUAUAUUCAUUAACUUUAUUUAGACCAUUGAUUCACAUAUUUGUAUCUUGGGAAAAUAUUUCCUAUACUUUAGAAAAUCAAAUAAAGUAUGAAAGAUAUUUGACUUCUC